AUGUUCUCGUUGUUUUGGGGGCUGUGGAGCUAUUUAUUCAGCAAGGCGGAGCUGCAUCUGCUCAUCGUUGGGCUUGACGACGCAGGCAAAACGGUAGGUAAGUGCACACUUCUGGAGCAGCUUAAGGGCAUUUUUGGCAAGAAGCCAGGCAUCCCGCUGGACAAGAUCCCGCCCACUGUGGGGCUUAACAUCGCUCGAGUUGAUAUCAGACGAUCGAGAGUCAUUUUUUGGGAUCUCGGAGGACAGGAGCGACUUCGGGCUAUCUGGAACAAAUAUUACAGUGAGAGUCACGGCAUCGUGUUUGUGAUCGAUUCUGCCAAUGAAGAGAGGUUUUGGGAAGCCAAAGAGACAUUGCACGCCAUGCUUUCGAAUUCAGAACUCUCUGGGGUGCCGCUGCUAGUGCUUGCCAACAAAAUGGACUUGGAUAAUGCCCGGACCGUCAACCACAUUUCUGGGAUGUUGGACCUGGAAGGGCAUCCGGGCGCGGUAGCGAGUUACCCUAUCUGUGCAUUGACAAGGCGCGGCAUUGAAGGCGCGAUGAACUGGCUGGUUGACGCGGUAAAAGCCAGCGAUCGAUAUUACGAGAAAACAAACGCUGGUGCGACGUGA